AAAGCAACACAUAACCUAGGCUGAAGCAUGUAAUGUUACAAUCUGAACGUAAUUCUGUGGAAAAUUAUGUAGAUUUCUAAAUCCUAAUUUAAGGUUAUUUUUCAUAUUGGAGGCCCAUAAGUUUCGGGCCAGCUACAGGAAAGAUUGGUAUUUAAGGGGUACUUAAAAAUAUAUUCAAAUUUUUUUAGGAAUGUCAGUAAAGUCAAGUGAAUAUGAAAGUUGAAUAAUUUCUGCCCUCAAUUUCACAGAAGGCGUUUCGUUCGGAAGCUUAAAAGGCUACAGAUAACAAAUAACUAAAUUCUUAAUUUUUUAUUUGAAAUGAGAUCAUAGUCGACACAAACGAGGUUAUUUGGCGGGAAAUCUGUCAUGGCGGCUUCCUCGAUAGAAAUAGGAUAUGAAGAAAUGGAGGCAGAAAAUGGGGACAUUGACCUAACCCAAUCGCCACCUGACGACAGUGUAGCUCAAGCUGAUGGAGAAGAAAAGCAAAGCAAUUCUCGCCUCGCACAACUGCCGCAUACGAGGGUUCGAAACAUGAUGAAACUCGAUAGUGAUCUUCAUAUUGCGAGUCAAGAUUCCGUUUUUCUCGUAACAAAAGCUGCUGAAUUAUUCAUCCAAUUUAUUGCAAAGGAAGCCCAUCAAAAGUGUGUCCAAUCCAAAAGAAAAACAAUACAAAAGAGAGACCUUGAUACUGUUGUCCUUGACAUAGAUUCUAUGGCAUUCUUAGAAGGUGUUUUGGACUGAAGUAUGACCUGAAUAUAGAAGAUUUAAUGGAAAAGCAAGAUCUGCCGCAUUCUUAGAAUAUAUUUCAAGAAUGAAAUUAAAAUUGGCAACAAAGAUGGAAAUGCAAGAAAAAGAAACUAUUCAAAUUUCAGUGGAAAGAUAGGUUCUGUUCCUUGGUUAUUAACACUGUAAAAUUUAAUCUAGAGAUAAUCAUGUGUUUUGUAAUAAUAUAGAAUCAAUUGGUUCUUUAGAAGAAAACCUUGUGUACUUGCAGAGGAUCCUAACAUUUUGAGCGCUUCUUUAGGUUGUGAUUCUU